UCACCGACAUCAACAAUUGAUUCGCUAAGUGCUAAGAAGUCAGCAAGCUACGAGCCAUAUUGGCGUGACCCGUUAUUCUACAAACGACGAUACGGCGGUGGUGGUGGUUUAGACACGGCGUCCACCAAUGCAACCAGUGAUAAUGAUGAUAAUGAUAAUGCUGCUCUGGCCGGUGCUGGUGGCAUUAUGCAAAACGGGAAUGAUAAGGUAAGAGUGCGCAUGAAUUAA